GUGGCCUUGCCAGCUCUGUCCCCCACAAUGCAGAUGGGCACCAUUGCGCGCUGGGAAAAGAAGGAGGGUGACAAGAUCGGUGAAGGGGAGCUCAUAGCAGAGGUGGAGACAGACAAAGCAACAGUUGGCUUUGAGAGUGUGGAGGAAUGCUACCUGGCCAAGAUCCUGGUGCCAGAAGGAACAAGAGAUGUUCCUAUUGGGGCCAUAAUAUGUAUCACCGUAGAAAAGCCUGAAUAUGUCGAUGCCUUUAAAAAUUAUACUCUAGAUUCUGCAGCGUCUACCCCCGCUUCAACCUCAGUGCCUCCCCCUCAAGCUGCAGCUCCCUCACCACCAACUCAGCCUUCUCCUCAGGCUCCUGGCAGCUCUUAUCCUCCUCAUAUGCAGAUCACUCUCCCUGCCCUGUCACCUACCAUGACAAUGGGCACAGUGCAGAGAUGGGAGAAGAAAAUUGGGGAGAAACUGAAUGAGGGAGACUUACUGGCAGAAAUUGAGACAGAUAAAGCCACAAUAGGCUUUGAAGUGCAGGAGGAAGGCUACUUGGCAAAAAUCUUGGUGCCUGAAGGAACAAGAGAUGUGCCAUUAGGAACAGCUCUCUGCAUCAUUGUGGAGAAGGAGUCUGAUAUUCCAGCCUUUGCUGACUACCAAGACACUGCAGUAACUGACAUGAAGGCACAAGCUCCUCCUCCUCCUCCACUUGUGGUGGCACCUACAGCUCCUGCUCCUCCUCCCCAGCCUGCUGUUCCUUCCACUCCAGCCGUCCCCACAGCUGGGCCACCUCCCCGGAAAGGGAGGAUCCUGGUUAGUCCCCUGGCCAAGAAAAUGGCAGCAGAAAAAGGAAUUGACCUCGCCCAAGUGAAAGGUACUGGACCAGAUGGUAGAAUCACAAAGAAAGAUGUGGAGUCAUUUGUGCCGCCAAAGGUUGCUCCAGCACCAGCACUAGAUGCCGUUCCUGCAGCUGCUGCAGUUGCAGCAGCACCAGUGGGGACCUUCACAGAUAUCCCUAUCAGCAACAUUCGGAGGGUCAUUGCUCAGCGGCUGAUGCAAUCCAAACAAACAAUACCUCACUACUACCUUUCUGUUGAUGUGAACAUGGGAGAAGUACUGGUGCUAAGGAAAGAACUCAAUCAGGUAAUGCAGUUAGGCACA